AUGCUCUUUCUUUCUUUCUUUCUUUCUUUCUUUCUUUCUUCUCAAUUCUUUCUUUCUUUUUUUCUUUCUUUCUUUCUUUCUUUCUUUCUUUCUUUCUUUCUUCUGUCACACCUCCUUACUCUCCUGUACAUCGAAUUAGAAAACGCAUACCAAUAUUUUUCACACUUUUACAUACAUACAUACAUAAGUUUUUCUUCAUCCCUGUUUCGCUUUAUCCUUUUUGUUCUGUCUUUUUCUCUCUUUCAUUUUUUUGUUUGUUUACUUAAUUUUCUCUUUCCUUUCUUUCUUAUUCUAAUUUAUUUACUUUUUCUUCCUUUCUUUGUUUCAUUUUUUUUCUUCCCUUGUUUGUUUCACUUACUCUUUUCCUUUCUGUCUUUUUACAUCAUCUUCCUCCCUUCCUACCUCCCUUCCUUCCUCCCUUCCUCCCUCCCUCUCUUUCUCCCUUCCUUCGUUCCUCCCUCCCUACCUUCCUUCCUUCCUUCCUUCCUUCCUUCCUUCCUUCCUUCCUUCCUUCCUUCCCUCCCUCCUUUCCUCUCUUCCUUCCUUCCUUCCUUCCGCCCUCCCUUCCUUCGUUCCUUCAUUCCUCCCUCCCUUCAUUCGUUCCUUCAUUCCUCCCUUCCUUCCUACGUUCCUUCUUUCUUUCUUUCCUUCCUCUCUCCCUCCCUUCCUUCCUUCGUUCCUUCGUUCCUCCCUCCUUCCCUCUCUUCCUUCCUUCCUUCCGCCCUCCCUUCCUUCGUUCCUUCAUUCCUCCCUUUCUUCCUAUGUCCCUUCCUUCCUUCCUUCUUUUCUUCCUCCCUCCCUCCCUUCCUUCCUUCCUUUGUCUCUCUGCCUUUCUUUUUUGCCUCUUCCCAAAAGCGAUGA